AUGACCAUGUUUUUACAUCUAAGGUUAAUCAGAACUGGAUUCCUUCUUUUCAUUUUGAUCAAGACUAGUUUAGCAGUCCUCAACCAUGGUAAAAAGCCGCACAUUGUAUUCAUCUUAGCUGACGAUCUGGGAUUUAAUGACAUUGGCUACCACAACUCAAAAUUCAAAACCAAAAUUUUGGAUGAGUUGGCUCGCACCGGGGUUCGACUGGAUAACUAUUACGUUCAACCGAUUUGUACUCCAACGAGAGCGCAGCUUUUAACGGGACGAUACGACAUACAUACUGGACUGCAACAUGGAAUAAUUUGGCCCUCGCAGGCGAACGCGCUGCCGAGUAACGAAACUACAAUCGCAGAAAAAUUGAAAGACAGUGGCUACAGGACCCACGUGGUCGGAAAAUGGCACCUCGGGUUCUAUCGUAAGAAGUUUAUACCAACAAGAAGGGGAUUCGAUUCGUUUUACGGUUUUCUAACCGGUGGACAAGAUUACUACACGCAUCGGAAUCGACUUGGGUUUCCUGCAUCGGGUUACAAGUUUCUCAACGGUUAUGAUUUUUGGCGGGAUGAAAAGCUUGAGCGAGAUGUAGUCGGGAAGUACACCACCAAUCUCUUCGCCAGAGAAGCCGAAAGGAUAAUUCAAGAACAUGACCCCCAAAACCCACUUUUUUUGUUUUUAUCAUUCCAAGCUCCCCACUCGCCGCUACAGGUACCUGAACGAUUUUUGAAGCAGUACAAAAACAUUAAGGAUCACAAUAGACGCGUGUACGCUGCCAUGGUUUCUUGCAUGGAUGAGGCGGUUGGAAACGUGACACGAGUGCUCAAGAAACGCGGUUUGUGGGAAGACACUGUGCUCAUUUUUAGCAGCGAUAACGGAGGACAAGUCACGGCGGGGGGAAACAACUGGCCGCUGCGCGGUUGGAAAGCUUCGCUGUGGGAAGGAGGCAUAAGAGGCGUCGGGUUUGUAAACAGUGAUCUGAUUCAAAAGCCGGGGAGAGUUUAUAAGGGACUGAUGCACGUGUCUGACUGGUUUCCCACCAUUUUGCACUUGGCCAAGGUAUCGGUUGAGGGCAUUCCUCUGGACGGGGUAAAUCAGUGGGCGAGCAUCAGCGAGAACUUGACGCCACCGAGGAACGAGAUCUUACAUAAUAUUGACCCUGUAGAUACAUUCUGGGGAAAUCCGGACGGAUAUUCUCACUGUCGUAGCGCCGCUUUCAGAAGAGGGGAUUGGAAACUCUUACUUGGUUGUCCAGGAAACGGAGAUUGGGUUGCGGCGCCGGAAUCCGGCUCCAAGACCCAGUCUUCCUCCAACCAACAUAACGCAAAUAGCGUGUUUCUUUUUAACAUCACGGGCGAUCCCCAAGAGAAGAGAGAAAUUUCAGAACAGUUCCCAGAUGUAGUGCGCGAUUUACUCGGUAUGAUAGAAAAGUAUAAUACUACUGCGGUGCCUGCUAGAUUCCCGGACCCCGAUCUCAAAUCCAAGCCAGUAAAUCAUGAAGGGGUCUGGGGACCUUGGAUGGACUGA